AUGCUGCUUGACGGCAGCAAGUUCGGAGCUCUCAAGAGGCGCGAGUUCUUCGACAACCUGCUAAAGAACCUCGAAGACGACCACCUCCGCUUUCUGCGCGGACAAAAGGAAAGAAUUGACAGGGUUGAUGUCAAGUUGCCAGCAAUAGAGGUGAGGUAUAAUAAUCUGUUUGUGGAAGCAGAGUGCAGAGUUACUAAAGGAAAUCACCUGCCGUCUCUAUGGAAUAGUACCAAAGGUGCCUUCUCGGGCCUCGUGAAGUUGCUAGGCUUCGAAACGGAAAGAGCAAAAACCAACGGUCUAGAAAAUGUCAGUGGAAUCAUCAAACCCUGCAGAUUGACUCUUCUACUGGGACCUCCUGGAUGUGGCAAAAGCACUCUGUUGCGAGUUCUUGCCGGGAAACUAGAUAAAUCUCUAAAGGUAACAGGGGAUAUCUCUUAUAAUGGUUAUGAACUUCAUGAAUUUGUACCUGAGAAAACAGCUGUGUAUAUCAACCAACAUGAUCUGCACAUAGCUGAGAUGACUGUGAGGGAAACUUUAGACUUCUCAGCCCAGUGCCAAGGUGUUGGAAGAAGACCAAAAAUACUCAAGGAGGUGAACACAAGGGAGAGUGUGGCUGGGAUAAUACCUGAUGCGGACAUCGAUCUAUACAUGAAGGUAAAAAAUCGUGUAUCCUAUGUACUGGCUGGCAUUAUCCUUUCUCACUUUACAAUUAAAAAAAAAAGCAGACCUGCUUAUCUGAGUUACAAAGAACAAGGUAAUUCAACGUCGAAUGAAUAUUGGAACUGCUCUAGCAGAAUAAUAUUUGGUUGUAUUAAAGCUAAGCUAGCUUUUCAAUUUUUAUUAGUCAACACUUCUGUUUCUGUUUCUACAAAUUAAACAUAACUCUUUUUCAAAAGUAAAGCGGCUAAUGCAGGUAGUACCAGUUGAAGCUUCAGAGCGAAGCCUACAGACAUCACACUACUGAUUUAUUUGUAGAUCAUGGGGCUAGAGAUAUGCGCAGACACGAUGGUUGGGGAUGCAAUGAGAAGAGGAAUAUCAGGGGGGCAGAAGAAAAGAUUAACCACAGGUAUAGUAAAGCCAAUGGGAAAUACAUUAACCAACAAGGGAUCACCUUGUAUAUAAUCUUUCACCUACUUGUACCAGCCGAGAUGAUUGUGGGCCCCGCAAAAGCAUACUUUAUGGAUGACAUAUCAAAUGGUCUGGAUAGCUCUACCACUUUUCAUAUAAUCAAUUGUUUCCAGCAACUGACAAACAUCAGCGAGUACACGAUGGUUAUUUCACUUCUUCAACCAACACCUGAGGUAUUUGAUCUUUUUGAUGACCUCAUACUAAUGGCAGAAGGGAAGAUUAUCUACCAUGGCCCUCGAAAUGAAGCUCUCAAUUUUUUUGAGGAGUGUGGGUUCAUAUGCCCAGAAGGAAAAGCGGUAGCUGACUUUCUCCAAGAGGUAAUUGUUCUCAAUCACAAAAAUAACUGCAGCAACUGAGAUGAUUUGCACGUUGAUGAAACCAGUUUUGUUUUCUAAUUUUGAAAUCAUUAGAUCUUGUCCUGGAAGGACCAACAACAGUACUGGUUGGGUCCACAUGAAUCAUACAGAUAUAUCUCACAUCAUGAAUUAUCAAGCAUGUUCAAGGAGAAUCACAGGGGGGGAAAACUACAUGAGCAAAGUGUACCUCCGAUAAGCGAGUUGGGCAAGGAAGCUUUAGCACUCAAUAAGUAUUCGCUACGAGAACUGGAAAUGUUGAAAGCCUGUGGAGCAAGGGAAGCACUCCUAAUGAAAAGUAAUAUGUUUGUUUAUGUCUUCAAAACAGGCCAGGUUACACUUCAUUCUGAGGCACUCUUUCCUGUACAAAGUAAAUUAUGAGUCCAAACUGAGAUUUACUCCUUGAUGCAGCUUGCCAUUAUUGCACUCGUAACAAUGUCUAUAUUCCUUCGAACUCGCAUGACAAUAAGUUUCACUCAUGCAAAUUACUACAUUGGAGCAUUAUUUUUUUCCAUCUUCAUGAUUAUGCUAAAUGGCAUACCAGAGAUGAGCAUGCAGAUUGGGAGACUCCCAAGUUUUUACAAGCAAAAGAGCUACUAUUUCUAUUCAUCAUGGGCAUAUGCAAUACCAGCUUCAGUCCUAAAGGUCCCUGUUUCGAUACUAGAUUCGCUUGUAUGAAUAUCUAUCACAUAUUAUGGUAUUAGUUAUACACCUACUGUUUCGAGGUAAUUAUGGAAUUUUCUCAAGCUUACAAUGAUAAGAACAAACAUUGAGAAACUCUAACAUAUUUUAUUUAUAUUCAUUUCUAGGUUCUUCUGCCAGUUUCUGAUACUUUGUCUUCUCCAUCAUUCAGUCACCUCGCAGUAUCGAUUUAUUGCUUCAUACUUCCAAACACCUAUUGUGUCCUUCUUCUACCUUUUUCUUGCUCUAACAGUAUUCCUUACAUUCGGAGGUUUCAUUCUUCCCAAGAGUAAGAUAACCUUUGCUCAUUAAAUGCAUAUAACUUAUAGCCCUAGCAAAUCUAAACAAAUUUUGUUACUUUAUUGUCCCAGCCUCCAUGCCAGGAUGGUUAAACUGGGGAUUUUGGAUAUCGCCAAUGACAUAUGCAGAAAUCAGCAUAGUUCUUAACGAAUUCCUGGAACCAAGAUGGCAGAAGGAAAGUAUUCAAAACAUAAAAAUUGGGAACCAAAUCCUGGUUAAUCAACGCCUAUAUUACAGUUGGGAUUUUUAUUGGAUAUCCUUUGGAGCCUUGCUUGGAUCUAUUCUUUUAUUUUAUAUCGCUUUUGGAUUGGCACUAGAUUACAAAACUCCUACAGAAGAAUAUCACGGAAGCAGGCCUACAAAGAGCUUAUGUCAACAGCAGGAAAAAGAUUCCACUAUUGAAAAUGAGUCUGAUGAUCAAUCAAAUAUUUCCAAAGGUAAAGACAUAAACAUCUCAAUACUAAUUAAUAGUAAAAAAAAUGAAGGUCCCAUAAAAGUGCAUGCUUCUUCAAUGCAUUCAUCUUAUUGCAGCAAAGAUUACAAUACCAGUUAUGCAUCUUCCAAUCACAUUCCACGAUCUGAACUAGUACAUUGAUACCCCACCGGUAAUUAAGCAAG